UGGAGAGAGAGAAACAGAGGAGGAGAGGAGAGGAGUUAGAGAGGAGAAGCGGAGGCAAAAGAGUGAGGAGCAGAGGAGGAGAGGCGUUAGAGAGGAGAAGCGGAGGAGUUUAAUCAGAUAUAAACUUUAAAGUUUGGGAGUUUUAGUGUCUACAAGUGCUAAAGAGUGAGUGAGAGAGAGAGAAGUACAAAGAGGAAGAGAAGGAAAGAGAGAGAGGGCCAGGAAAGAAGGAGGAAGAGCAAAGGAAAGGGUAGAGAAGUUAAGAAAGGGAGGGAAAGAAGAAAGAAAAGAGAAGGAGAGGCGUGGGAAAAGGUAAGCAAAGGAAAGGGGGACACAAAGAAAUGAAAGAGGGAAGGAAAGCAAGGAAAUAGGGAAAAAUAAGGAAAGGAAAGGAGAGAGAGAGAUACAGCAAGGAAAAAGAGGGAAGUUAAGGAAAGGGAGGGAAGGAGAAAGAAAAGCUCAGAGAAAGAGAGGACAGGUAAGCAGAGAAAGGAGGGACACAGGAAGGAAAAGGGGGUGAAAAAAGAAAGAAGUCUAAUGAAUAAGGACGGAGUGAACACGACCAUCCAGGCUGGCAGCGGGAAUCAGCCGUACAGAGAGGAGGAGGAUGAUGAGACUACACCUCUGCUGUCUCGGGGUGCGCGGGUCUCUGGAGGAGCCUCCUUUGCGUCCUCGGUCUUUAACCUGAUGAAUGCUAUAAUGGGCAGUGGGAUUCUGGGGCUGGCGUACGCCAUGGCCAACACAGGAAUCUUAGGCUUCAGUGUGUUGUUGUUGCUGGUGUCCAGUUUGGCCGCCUACUCCAUCCACCUCCUGCUCACACUGUGUGAUCAGACAGGCUUGAACUCAUAUGAAGGUCUCGGAGAGAAAGCCUUCAACAGAGCAGGCAGGGUUCUGGUGGCCUGUACCAUUCUAAUCCAGAACAUUGGUGCCAUGUCUUCCUACAUGUUCAUAUUAAAGUCUGAACUUCCGGCCACCAUCCGCAGCUUCUUGAGAACUGAGGCUUCUGGGGUGUGGUAUGAAGACGGUGUUAUUUUGCUGAUUCUGGUCACGGUGUGUGUGGUGCUUCCUCUGGCUCUGCUGCCAAGGAUUGGUUUCCUUGGUUACACCAGCAGUCUGUCGUUUUUCUUCAUGCUGUUCUUCGCUGUUGUGGUGGUGGUGAAGAAGUGGUCCAUUCCCUGCCCUUUACCUGUCAACUCCACUCUCAGCCUGCAAAUCUCCAACUCGUCCAGCUCGGACUGCACUGCUCGUCUGUUUGUCUUCUCCAGUAAGAGUGCCUAUGCUGUUCCCACCAUGGCCUUCUCCUUCCUGUGUCACACUGCCAUCCUGCCCAUUUACUGUGAACUCCAUCGGCCGACUAAGCAGAGGAUGCAGAACGUGGCGAAUGUGGGCAUCUCUCUCAGUUUCCUGGUUUAUUUGGUUUCCGCUCUCUUCGGUUACCUCACUUUCUACGCCCAGGUGGACUCGGAGCUGUUGCUAGGAUACGACGCCUACCUGCCGCGGGACGUCCUGGUGACCACGGUGCGUUUGGUGAUCCUGCUGGCUGUGCUGCUCACGGUGCCGCUCAUACACUUCCCAGCCCGUAAAUCAUUGUUGAUGUUGUUUUGGGGCGAGAGGGAGUUCUCCUGGCUCUCUCACUGUCUCUCCACCCUUUUCCUCCUCUUGAUCGUGGUCCUACUGGCUGUUUUCGUACCGGACAUCAGAAACGUCUUUGGGGUUGUGGGCUCCACUACCUCUACCUGUUUGCUGUUUGUGUAUCCUGGUUUGUUUUACCUGCAUAUCCGUUCUGGUGACAUCAGGUCCUGCAGCUCAGUGGGGGCGGGUGCUCUCGUGGUGUUCGGUGUGUUUGUGGGUUUGCUGAGUCUCUGCAUCAUCGUCAUUUCAUGGGCGCAGAGUAUCUGACCUUUCACCUUCUGACCUCAUCUGACCUCGUCUGCCCUCUGUGGAAAUGCUUUCACAUUUAUCACUGUGCCUUUUACUCACAAAACAAAGUUUACUGAACGAGGGACGCAUUAAAAAGUGACACACAGACGUAGUUAUUACUGUAACAGAUUAUACACGUCAACCGGGCUUUUCUCAGGGGCUGAAAUUUAAAAAAAGCUGCUGAAUAUAUGAAAAUAAACUAAAAUAUUUCAUACAAACUGUGGGAACACAGUGGAUAUUUGGACCAGUUCUUAUGUUAUUGUGUAAUUUCUAUCCUGUUCGAUUAUAUAACAGAGAAAAUCAAGUCAAAUCAAACAUGGACUGAUCCAGUCUGUGAAUAUGCACUUUGCUUAUAGAUUUUUUUAUAUUCGACGUUGUGUAUAGAUUAGAAUAUUGCUUUAACAUGUGGAAAAAUGUUCAUACUUGCCUCUUUUGGUAUAUAAAUGCAAUCAUGACUGUAAAUGUACCGAACACUAGCCUUCUACAUUGCAGCCCAAUCGCCAAAGAUAAACUCUUGAUGCGCUGUGAAGUAUUUGUUCAAGAAUUGUUAGAAGCAAAAAUGGGAUGUCAAACAACGUAGAUUCAUAAACAUAGAAUAUAGAAAACAGAAUAUGUCUCCUGGAGCUUUAUCUACUUAAUCACUGACAGUGAUAGAAACACAGACAAAUAGCAGCUUAGCUGGCUAGCAAUGCUAAAACAUGCUCCAUCAAUCUGAAGAACUACAGGGAGAUUCACUCGAAAGAGGCCCCGAAUAUUCUGCUGUAACUCCCGUUAGGAUGAAGCAAUCUGAACCAAAAAAAUACACUGCAUAUCUUCACGUAUGUGUAAUUGAUUGCAUUACAUGCGAUGCUGGAAGUGAUCUCUUUUUUUUCUGCCAGACACAUGAAGGGGUACGGGGGGUCUGCACCCGGAUGUUGCAAACACAGAUUAAACGUUGUGACGGCUGUCCGGCGCCUACCUCAUCGCUCUGACGCAGGGGCAUCCCGGCUUGUUGGGAGCUCCAUAUGCUGAGGAGCUCAUUGCACAUUGUUUCGUUCAGAUCGCUUCGAGUUAUUACUGAAUAUUCGGGGCCUCUUUCAAAUGAAUCUCCCUGUAUUUCACCAUUCAGAGAACCCUAUAAGCAUGCAAAUGUUUUUUGAAUAUUCAUGGUUCCCUAUAGAAUCAUUGCCUUUCUAAAGAACCCUUAAAGAACCAUCUUGUUUAAGAGUGUACUUUGAGAAGAAGCAGUGUUCUCCAGUUUAGUCAUUGAGUGAUGGGUUUCAGAGGUCAGGGCACUUACAUUAAAUUUCAGAUUGUGAAGAAUUUCUAUAUUUUUCCAUUUUUGACCGUUAUGUAGCUUAAUUUGUGCGGUCAAGCCUUUGAGAGGAGAGUUCAGCAGUGGUUCUGGUCUUGUUGGACUCACUGACACUUUAAGAACAGUACACAACCUACACCGAGUCAUUUCUAAGAAAGACUGUACAGUUGAAUGUGUACGCUUGUUUUCUGAUGAAAAAUAAAAGGGAAAGUCUGGAAUUGGUCAAA